AUGCUAAUCACAGAAAGCUACCACGACGUCAAGACAAAGGAAGGUAACACCUUGCGUAUCUUUGUCUUCAGUCCAAAGGUGAAGGGUUACCCAAAUGCCAAGUUCCCAGGUGUAAUUGUGUACAGUGAAAUCUACCAAGUCACUGGCCCUGUCGCUCGUUUUGCUCAGAAGAUUGCCUCGGAAGGCUAUGUUGUUGUUGCCCCUGCAAUUUACCACAACUUCAUUGGGCCCGAGCCUUUGCCAUAUGAUGUGAAAGGUACUGACCUUGGUAACGAGUACAAGAUUAAGAAGCCAAUUCCUUCCUAUGAUGAGGACAACAAGCUGUGUUGUGACCUGUUGUACAGCUUACCACAGUUUGACGGUAAGAGGAUCGGGGCUACUGGUAUGUGUCUAGGUGGCCAUUUGGCCUUCAGAGCCCUGUUGGACAAGAGAGUUAACUGUGCAACAUGUUUCUUCCCAACAGAUAUCCAUUUGAAGAGUCUUGGUCUUGGCAAGAACGAUGACUCUUUGGAGCGUGUUUCCCAGGAAGCCUCGAAGGACCAGGAAUUGGUGCUGAUCUUCGGUACCGCUGACACACAUGUCUCUCCAGAAGGCAGAGAUUUGAUCAGAAAGACCCUGAGAGACCAAGGUGUUAAUUUCACCUUCUUGGAGAUCCUGGAUGCUCAGCAUGCGUUCAUCCGUGAUGAGUUCAGCAAGGGUAGAUACGAUGCUGCCAUCACUCAGAGCUGUUUAGGUUUCCUAUUUGAGCAAUUCAACAGAAAGUUGAAGACAGACCUAGGUGAGUAUGUCCCUGACAAUAAGCCUUUGGAACAUGUGUGUUAA